AUGGAUGUGUUGGCACAACAACAGUUAAUUACUCCUGAUAAUUCAGGUAGCUACAAAGAUGACAAUAAUAAUAAUAAUACCAAUACCACUACUCUUUUAUCUUCACUAUUACCUCAAAGAUCUACUCUUUCAAAGGGAAAAUAUAAUUUACAGGAUUUUCAAAUAAUGAGAACCUUGGGCACAGGAUCAUUUGGUAGGGUCCAUUUGGUAAGAAGUGUACAUAAUGGAAGAUACUAUGCCAUAAAAGUUUUAAAAAAGCAACAAAUUGUAAGGAUGAAACAAAUUGAACAUACUAAUGACGAAAGAAGAAUGUUAAAACUAGUACAGCAUCCGUUUAUAAUUAGAAUGUGGGGCACCUUUCAAGAUGCCAAAAACUUAUUUUUAGUUAUGGACUAUAUCGAAGGCGGAGAACUGUUUUCCUUAUUACGGAAAUCGCAUAGGUUUCCUAAUCCUGUUGCAAAAUUCUAUGCAGCAGAAGUGAUACUAGCUCUAGAAUAUUUACAUUCACAUAAUAUUAUAUAUAGGGAUUUGAAACCCGAGAACAUCUUGUUGGACAAAAAUGGGCACAUCAAAAUCACCGAUUUUGGUUUUGCUAAAGAGGUUGACACAGUCACUUGGACAUUGUGUGGAACUCCCGAUUAUAUUGCUCCUGAAGUAAUUGCCACAAAACCAUACAACAAAAGUGUUGAUUGGUGGUCGUUGGGUAUAUUAAUUUUUGAAAUGUUAGCUGGGUAUACUCCGUUUUAUGAUACCACUCCAAUAAAAACAUAUGAAAAGAUUUUAAGCGGUAAAGUGGUUUAUCCACCAUUUUUCCAUCCAGAAGUGGUCAAUUUACUAAGUAACUUGAUAACAGCUGAUUUAACUAGAAGAUUAGGUAAUUUACAAAGUGGUUCUCAAGAUAUUAAAGAACACCCCUGGUUUAGUGAAGUUAUUUGGGAAAAGUUGUUGGCUAAAGAUAUAGAAACGCCUUACGAACCUCCUAUUACCGCUGGGAUCGGUGAUACUUCUUUAUUUGAUCAAUAUCCAGAGGAACAACAUUUAGAUUACGGCAUACAGGGUGAUGAUCCAUUCGACCAAUAUUUCAGGGACUUUUGA